CGUUUAGUUUUGCGUAGUCCGUGCGCGGGCGCCGACGCUCUGCUUUCUCGCAAACGCACCUGCUGUCCUCGUAUUCGCGAUCUAUAUUAUAUAAAUUGUUCAGUCUUAAAAUACAUCACGUAUCACAUAAAAGUGCAUCAUUAAAUAACUACAAAUUCACUUCGAAACAUUCCCAAUUGUGUUCAUUGUUUGUUUAUCAAGUUAAUUAGUGAUAAAUCGAAUUGAGGAACUUUAUGAAACAGAAUUUUUACAUAUAUAUGUUAUCUUGCUUAAGAUAGACAGUCAAAAUUGACCAGUUCAGUGAAGUGUUAAAUUGUACUGUGGGUGAUGUAGUGGACUUUGAGGGCUGGAACUGGAACUGUAGCAAGAUGGAUACGAUGAUAAAUGUUUGGACGAUGGUGGAGCACGUGAGGGUGUCCAGCGGAGCCGCAGAGUUGGCCAUCUUCACAGCUAUACUGUACUGGUUCUUCACUUCCAGUCGCGUCGCCGACAUGCUGGAGGUGGUCGGCGAACGCGUCGGCGGGUGGUGCAGCGGCGGUGGGCGCGACACAAGCAGCUCCUUACGACAGGCGGUGCGCGCGCGCCGCCGACACAACGACGUGUACACGAAAUUGGAUGCUGACGCCGCGGCUAGAACAGCAUCAUUGUACAGAGUCAAAGAAGGCCCCGUGGUGCCAGCUCCGCAACCGGUGUCCCGCCCCCCAGCAGGACUUGCAUGCGCCAGGUGCGCUCCCAUAUCCAGAGACUCAUGGCAAGACCCGAAAUCGACUGAUACAGGGUCAGUGAUCAAUAUACUGAACAUAGGGAAGCAGACAUUCGCCAAUGGCGGCGUGGUAUCUAGGUACCUUUGCGACUUGGCACAAUGUUGCCAUCUAACAUCCUACGACUACAAGGACUUUGUUCCUGAAGUAUUAAAAGAUAAACACUUCCAACAAGCUGUAGAGGAUAGAACCCAAGAGGAAAUUAGGAAGUUGAAUGAAAACAAUCACGUAGGAGGUGGCGAAGGUGACUCAGCAAGCAAGUACCAGGUGGUCAAAAGACGGAUAGAAGCUAAAGCUCUCAAAAUAGUAAACGACAUUAGUUCUGCAAUGUCCAAUGGUGUACUCAAGCUUGUAGCAUGGGUGUGCCACAAAGCGAUCCGUCGCGUGGCCCGCGGCGGAUGUGGUACACGCGCGGCCUGCGUGGAGCGACUGCGUCGCGCGAACGCAGCCGGCUUGCCGCUAGUGUUUGUGCCUUUGCAUCGCUCACAUUUCGACUACAUACUCGUCACCUUCACGCUGUAUCUCACGGGGCUACGGCCACCGCUGGUCGCCGCCGGAAACAAUAUGAGGAUACCGUUCUUUGGAUGGUUCCUGCGAGGAUGCGGCGCGUUCUUUAUCAGACGAAAUACAGAAGGCUCAGACGGCCACAGCGACAGUAUAUACAAAUCAGCUCUUAGGUCAUAUAUAUUGAAUAGUUUAGCUGCAAAUAAUAAUAUGGAAUUCUUCAUUGAAGGCGGUCGAACGAGAACCGGGAAGCCGCAACCGCCCAAAGCGGGCAUCUUAUCUGUGAUCAUGGACGCAUACCUCGACGGAACUAUCGAUGAUGCUCUACUGGUACCAGUUACUCUCAAUUACGACAAACUGGUGGACGGAAACUUCGUGAGAGAACAACUUGGCAUGCCGAAACAAAUGGAGACCUUCUGGUCCGCACUUAGGGGCAUAUGGCGGACGCUGAACACAAAUCACGGCAGUAUCAGGGUUGAUUUCAACCAGCCCAUAUCACUUAAGGAACUCGUGACAUCAUUCCAAAAGUACAACUACCUCAAGUCGCCCAUCGAGCGGCCAUUGACCCCGCCCAACAACAACCUGUCUGUGAAUCUCGACAGGCAAAUUCUAUACAACCACAGUCAUUCUAGUCUAUACGGCGCUGACGUCUCCACUGACCACAAGAUGAUGGUAGAGGCGAUAGGCAGGCAUCUAGUCUACGAUGCGGCGCAAGCGACGGCGCUGAUGUGCACGAAUGUGGUCUCAUAUGUACUACUAACGGAACAGCGUCAUGGCUGUACAUUACAGCAACUACACGCCAGUGUAGCUCGUCGCGCUUCCCGUCUUCGGACCGCCGGCCGAGAUCUGGGCUACACUGCUGAUGGAGCUGCCGCUACGCGACACGCCCUGGAGAUGCUGGGACGGGGCCUGGUGCGGCGUGAAGGUAGCGCGGGAAGCGGUUCGGCGCGGCCUCAGCCCAGCGUGGCAGCUUCACUUGAGCUUGCCUAUUAUGCCAACGCCGUCGUUGCACAUUACGCACCCUCCGCCAUUAUAGCAACGGCAUUAGAGAGUAUACUAAGGCAACCGAAUGCAGACCAGGAGGUUGUAUACCACACAGAACUGAUACAGUCGGCACUCCAGCUGUGCGAAGUUCUCAGCCAGGAGUUCAUACUGUGCCCACCGUGCCACAGGAUAGAGGAGAAAAUGUUGGACGCUAUAGACGCACUGGUUUCGGAUGAAGUAUUACUAACUAUUGAGAGUAACGAAGGAUUAGAAGAACAAAAGUGGUCGCGCCGGUUCGCCAAGCGGCUAGAAGAGGAGGAUGAGGACGGCGAGCGGCCUGAUCCCACGCGGCACAUUAAGUACAGGAUCUCGCAAUCCGCGGACGCACUCGCGGAACGCCGUCGACUACUACUGACGAUCCGUCCCCUCGUAGAAGCUUACUCCGCCAGUUGUCACUGUGUGAUAGCAAGAGUGACCGAAGCUGGUGGCUUCGAUGGCCCCAUGAACGAACUGGUGCAGACUACGCUACAAAACCUCACGGACAGUUUUGCGGACAACAAGAUGAAAUACGGCGAAGCGGUAUCGACAGACGCGAUACGCAACUGCCUACGACUAUUGCGACAGUGGGGAGUGCUAGAAAUGUACUCGGAGGGUCGGCAGCGAAAGCUCCGGCUUUGUUCGCCCUUCGCUGACCGACAAGCCCUCGACAAGGUCUGCUCUACUAUCUACCGGUAUAAUGUGGACACGCCUUUACUAGCCGAUUGAUUUUGUAGAUCAGUUGGCGGGAAGCAUUUUCUUAACUUGCAUUGACGGAAACGCAGGACGUUGACCUCUAUCUAGGACUUCAUCUGUGAUAUUGACAUGUCACCACACGUGUUUACUAGUGCUUUACGGUAUAACGAUGUUGACCAUUCGUGUUCGUUCGUUUUGAAUUGCAAAUUGACUAUUUCUUGACCAGUGAGAUGUGAUUUUGGUGUUAGAUAUAAGAUGUUUUGAGUAGCGGCGCAGGUAUAGAAUUAAAUAAAUACUAGCAAGUAAAAAAAUAGGCACUAUGCGGGCCCAUUUUCCACUAUACGCUUGUUUGAUUAAUCAUCCAAUGCUAUGUUACAAAACAAAUAGAAUAAUAUUAUAUUAUUUAUUUUAUUACGUUUGUCUAACAUGUCCUUAAAUGACUCAUAUUGAUAAAAAUAAUGCUAAAUUUAUUAAACAAAUAGUAACUAAAACAAAUAAAUAAAUUGUCCUGGUGGCGGAAUGGUAUAUUAAGUUUCCAUAUAGAUUGGGUCGUGUACGUAUUUAAAUUCUAUAACUGUGUUACGCGUGGCCGGUUAAGGUAUCCGAUUUUAGGAUAAAACUCCUAUAAAUGGGUGAUAUUUAGACUAAUCUUUCGCCUUUUUCAUUUUGUAUGUUUUCAUUAAAAAUUGACAUAUAGCUGUAGUAUGUACUGAUAAAGUACAAUUGACGUUACAGCGUGGUUUAUAACAACCCCGCUUGACAGUUUUUUUUUUUUUUAGUUUAUAAUUGUGCAUUUUUUAUGCUAUAUUUGUACCGGGUUAUUAAUUUCGUACCAAUUACUGUUUCCAUUGGUUUCUAAUUAUAUAUUUAUAAUAAAAUGGUAUAGCUCUUAAUAUCAUUACCAACAUAUUAGUUCGAUUUUAAAAUAAAAUUACAUGUAAAUAGGUUUACUUGUUAAAAUUCUGUUUAUAUAAAAAAAGUUUACCUUUCAGAAAUAAAAAUAAUAAUUUCGAGA